CGCAACAGAGACAGACCCACACAGCCAGCCAGCCAGACAAAAGCAGGAGGGGGACGGAUCACACCAUCUGCCCAUCUCUCUGGACCACUAGAGAUCUCUCUGUCUCUCUCCUCCGGCAGCACAAAAGGCACCUCCUGUUUCUGUUGCAUCCCGAGCCCCUUUUGGUCCUACUCCGAGGAAGCAAGAAAUGAGGGACACAGUCAACUCCCAGUAUGACUCCUUCCUGUACUGGAAGAUGCCCAUCCCAGAACUGGACCUGAGCGAGCUGGAACACCUGGGCUUAGCUGAGCUGGUCGCCUACAAGCCCAAGGGAGGCUAUGGCAGCUUCGCGGCAGAGCGGAAGAAACAGAACCGCAGCAUCUCCGACGGGGAAGACGACGGCGAAGACACCAGCCUCCUCCAGUUCAACAGUUUCAAUUUCUGGAGGGCUCCUAUACCCUGCGUCGGCCCUUUAGAUUUCGACCUGAUCUGAGGCCUGUGCAGCUGGGCUCCUGUCCUUCAGUGCGACGAGUGAGGCGGCUAAACCUUUUGUCUACACCCCCCCUUCCGACCAAUUCCCUGUAGUGUUUUCCUUUUCAAAUUGUACGGCCAGGCUGAAUUGCAAAAUUGCUUCUGUCGGUGU